GUCCCGGCUCCAGCGCCCCGCACCCGCGAGAAGAAAUGUCUCACUCAGGACCCCUCUCCAGGAACCUUUUUCUGAGCACCUUCCUGCAGGAGCAUGGCCCGGAAGUUCUGGAGGUUCCGGGUAUGACAGAUCUCGUGGAGUAUUAUGACCCUGGGCCCUCCCCUAACAGCAACAACCCCGACGAUGUGGCCAUGCGGCUGGCCUUCAUCGGGGACGAGAUGGAAGUGAGAUGGAUGCUUCCCCGCGUUGGCGAGCUGCCCGGGAUGGCCAUGUACAGCUUGGCUUUUACCUACAACCAGACAGGCCUGAGAGGUGUUCUUAGAAGUUUCCUGGAUGGUCUUGCUAACCUCAGGGAGAACAUCCGCAUCUGGAGCUUCCUGACCUUCCGGAACAGGGUGUCCCCCAACCCGGGGCGCGGGCUGGUGCUGUCGCUGCUGCUGCUGCUGGUGCUGCUACUAGGCUGGGGCCUCCGCCUCCUCCAGUGACACCAGCUGGAGCCGCUGGGGACGGGGCUGGCCUCGCCCCCGCCUGACCACCACCCUGGAGGUGGCCUUACUGGUUUUGUUGUCUUUUUUAACUGUUUUCUGCUGAUCCCUUUUUUUAUAUUUAAACUCCGAGUGCUGGGACACUACUGAGGUUUCAUACUAGUUUUUUCUUUCUUUUUUGUAAGAGAAAUGAAUUCAUUAUACCUCGGGGGUGGUUACUGGUUAACUGCCCGCGCCACGGCCUGGCUGGGCCGCUCUCCUGGCCUCAGCCCCUGAGGUGGCCUGGGUGCUGUCACUGCUACCACCACCCGGCAGGGAAGGAGCCUGGAGCCUUCCUCCAGCAGCGGGGGGAGUGCUGGCCACACCCCCAUGUCGGGGAGGCCCCGGGGCGAAGAGAAAAUCUGCUGGAAUAGAUUUGAUGG